AUGCCAGCCCAUGACAUGGACUGUGAUGUCUCUUCUCUAGUUGCCUGUGUAGUGGAUAUAGAGGUAUUUACCAACCAAGAUGUUAAGGAGAAAUUUGAGAGCUUGUUCCGUGCUUAUGAUGACUGUGUGACAUUUCAACUGUUUAAAAGUUUUCGACGCAUAAAAAUUGACUUCAAUAGCCCCAAAUCAGCUGCUAAUGCUAGAACAGAACUUCACGAAACACAGUUCCAAGGGAAGGAACUAAAACUUUACUUUGCAAAGGUCCAGGCUCUGGAGAAUGAUGGAGAGGCCUUCCACUUGGCUCCACCCCAGCCAUCCAAGCAAUUCCUCAUCUCACCUCCAGCCUCUCCUCCUGUAGGUUGGCAAUCAAAAACUGAUGAUACACCAGUCAUCAAUUAUGACCUCCUGUAUGCUGUUUCUAAACUGGGACCAGGUGAGAAAUAUGAACUACAUGCAGGUACUGACUCCACUCCAAGUGUAGUUGUGCACAUCUGUGACGGCCAUGCAACAGAAGAGGAGGCCCCAAACAAUAUACCAAAGCCACAAAUUAUGCAGACUCGACGUCCUAGCCUACCAUCCUCUAUGUGUAGUUGA